UAAUCUAAUGAUCUCCAUAGAGGAGAUCACUAAUGAACGUGCUCUUAGGUUGGUGAUCGGAAUUUUUUAUACUAGUUUCUCUGAUCUCUCUCCUUCUUCUAUCUCUCAUACCUCGUCCGUCACUAAUUCUAACGCCCAAACUUCUGAAAAUCUAACGAUCACGAACUCGGAAGUAGAUAGAAAUGAGCUUGAUCACAACUCCCAUAGAAACCCUUCACUUAAAAUCAACACUUCGUCUUCUACCACGAGGUUCUGUUUAUCGUAGUCAACGGAUUCAACUUUUCCCGCUCAACACCUUCUCGGACUCUUCUUUGACUUCUCCACUUCGCAUUGACCCAAUUUCUCAAGGUGGCGGAUCGAGGAAUUUGUGGCGUAGAUAUGCAUCGGAUAAGUUCUCAGAGAUGGGUUUGGAUCCUGGAGCUGAUUCAGACAAGAUGUACAAUGAGAUGGCGUCUAUAGUGGAUACAUUGAAGAAAGCAAACUCAAUUCUUCCUCAUGUAGUGUUGGCGAGUACAAUCUUAGCUCUUCUCUAUCCACCUUCUUUCACAUGGUUUACGUCGAGGUACUUCGUGCCGGCUCUAGGAUUCUUAAUGUUUGCGGUUGGUAUCAAUUCAAAUGAGAAAGACUUUCUUGAAGCUUUCAAAAGACCAAAAGCUAUUCUACUUGGUUAUAUUGGACAAUAUCUCAUUAAGCCUAUACUAGGUUUCAUCUUUGGCUUAGCUGCUGUUUCUCUUUUCCAACUCCCAACUCCAAUAGGUGCCGGAAUCAUGUUGGUUUCUUGUGUUAGUGGAGCUCAGCUAUCAAACUACGCCACUUUUCUAACGGAUCCAGCAUUGGCACCUCUUAGCAUCGUCAUGACAUCUCUAUCAACCGCUACUGCGGUUCUUGUCACACCGAUGCUAUCACUCUUGCUCAUCGGGAAGAAAUUACCCGUUGAUGUAAAAGGAAUGAUAUCCAGCAUUCUUCAGGUCGUUAUCGCACCAAUCGCUGCAGGAUUGCUACUAAACAAGUUGUUCCCAAAACUAUCCAAUGCAAUCCGACCAUUUCUCCCAGUUCUAUCAGUUCUUGACACAGCUUGUUGCGUUGGAGCACCGCUCGCGCUGAACAUAAACUCAGUCAUGUCUCCAUUUGGAGCCACCAUUUUGUUACUAGUAACAACAUUUCAUCUCUCAGCUUUCCUAGCUGGAUACUUCCUUACCGGUUCCGUCUUUAGAAACACUCCAGAUGGUAAAGCCUUGCAAAGAACAUUGUCCUAUGAAACUGGGAUGCAGAGUAGUCUUUUGGCUUUAGCGCUUGCGACCAAGUUCUUUCAAGAUCCACUUGUUGGAAUUCCUCCAGCAAUAUCUACGGUGGUAAUGUCAUUGAUGGGGUUCACACUCGUGAUGAUCUGGUCUAACGAAAAAGAGCAAAACAUUUAACAAUGCAAUUUUAAUUUCACUCGAUCUUUUACCGAUCUAUGUAGUAUGUACCAACAAAUUCUUGUAAGAAAAGAUUCCAAAUGCAAUGAGAAGAAUAUGUAAUGCU